CAAUAUUUCCCGCAUGCCCUUGAGCCAUAGUGGCCGCGCUCAACUUUUUCGCAUAGUCAUUAAAUGCAUUUCCGUUUGUCGCCAUAUGGAAAAAUAUGGUGGCUAUUUUUGACUGGACGUGUUGAUUUGGACAUAUGUACACUACUUUUGAAAUAAAUAUUCUUGGAGGCCUCGAAACCGGUUACUGUAAUUUAUUUAGAGGAAAAUGCCCUUUUUAGACAGAUUUUUAAUUUAUAAAAACAGCAUCAAAUCUUCUUUUUCUAGGAAUUCGAAAAAUUUUUAAAAAUUUAUUAAUUAACGACUAAAUAACUUCACACGUUUCAAACUUUCUAUGCCUUGUAAUGAUAAUCAAUCUGUUUGUAAUGAGGGAGCUACAGGUGUUUUUGACUCGAGUGCUGUACCAUCAAGCAGUAGCAGUGCAACUCUUCGUGACGAAAGGCUUGUCAGUAUAACAACCGAAAAUGGGCAUACUUUUCCUCAGUCGAGUUAUGCAGAAUUAAAGAAUACUACCGUUAGGACACGUACUGCUUCCUCUCGUUCGACUUCUAAUUUACAUUCAAUGUAUUUUCUGCCAGGAGAAGACAUUGACAGCGACAAUUUUGUAGAUAUGGAAUCAUGUCAACUUUAUGUUACUCAAUUUCGUAUUAUUAUUGUUGCUCAUAAUCAGAGUGCAAUCUGUGCAAUCCCUUUAACAGGAGUUGACUUGUUAGAGGCGAAAGAUAUUGUUGGACUUCAAAUUAGUUCUAAAGAUGGCAAGAUAAUUAAACUUCGAGCUGAAAACUCAGAGACUGCCUGUGCUUGGUAUAAAAAGUUGAUGCAAAAGACUUGUGUUGUUAGAGAUUUGGAUGGCAUAUUUGCUUUUACUUUUUUUAAUCAAACAUCAAAAAAGCCACCAAAUUGGUUACGUAAAGAGACUAAAAGGCUUUCUGCUUAUGAACAUUUGCACAACGAAUUUCGACGUUUAAAACUUCCAGAUGAUAAUUGGCGAAUUUCUGUGAAAAAUGAGACAUUUGAAAUUUGUCCGACUUAUCCUCAAUUUUUGUUUGUUCCAAAAUCUGUUAGCGAUGAGGAUUUGAAGCAAAUGUCUUAUGGCCGUUGCUAUCGUCGAUUCCCUACAGUUGUUUGGCGAAACAAACGUAAUGGAGCUGUUUUAUUGCGAAGCAGCCAGCCAUCUAUUGGCUUUUUUGGAUUGACAAACGAAAAGGAUAUCUCUCAUUACGAAAGAAUUCGUUCUGCGAUCUCUCCAGAUUUAAACAAAAAGUUUCUUAUUGUUGAUGCUCGUUCUUACACGGCUGCUUGGGCAAAUAGAGCCAAAGGAGGUGGAUUUGAAGGACCAGAUACUUACCCUAAUGCUGACGUUAUCUUUAUGGGUUUGGCAAAUAUUCACAACAUUCGAUACAGCUUUCAUCAACUUCGUCAAACUCUUAACGGCGCUUUAGAUCCUAAUAUUUUCCUUCAAAAUUUGCAAUCUACACUUUGGCUACAUAAUAUUUGUCAAUUGUUUAAUUCUGUUGAACGUUGUUUAAAAUCUUUGUGCAAUGAAGGUACCAGUGUUCUUGUUCAUUGCUCGGAUGGUUGGGAUCGUACUACUCAAAUUGUUUCGUUGUGUAUGUUAAUAGCCGAUCCGCAUUACCGCACUUUUGAAGGUUUUGAAUUUUUAAUUCGUUGGCAAUGGAUUGAAUUUGGACAUAAAUUUUCUGAUCGCUGUGGUGUUCUUAAUACUGAUGAUAAUGAAAAGUGUCCAGUUUUUCUUCAAUUUUUGGAUUGCGUUUAUCAACUUUGGGAGAAAAAUACUGACCAAUUUGAAUUUAAUCGGCGAUAUUUGAUGAAACUUGCCCAACACACUUUUUCUGGUCUUUUUGGGACUUUUUUGUUUAAUUCUUUGAAGGAUGCAAUAAAAAAUGGAUGCGAUCCAAAUGAUACUGAUGAGCAUAGACAUCGUUGUUUUCAAGUUUGGAGUUAUUUGGGGAAACACAAUACAGAAUUUCGCAAUCCUGCCUUUCGUGAGGAUUAUGCUGGUGGAAUGCUUCGUUACCCAAAAACUUUACCAGAAUUGUUGAUUUGGAGAGAUGCUUAUUAUUGUACGGCUGAUCAGUCGCUAAUUAAUAAUCCGAAUGAACCUUCUCAUCAAAAUACGGGAACAGGCAGCACACAAGAUGUUUCUUCUGACAAAGUAAAUAAUGGUCUUUCUCGAUCUCAGUCAGCAGCCAGUCUGACAUCUUUAGUAGAGCAAUCAAUGAAUUUAACAACUCCAAUUCCAUCUCCAGGGCCAACCAUUGGUUUUGGUGUUUCAUGUGGUUCGCCUUGUAUUGGACAUUCAGCGACAAAGAUACAUGAUAAUUGUACAAUAGGUUCAAUUUCUGCAGUUUUCUGCCAGAAAUGUUUGGAUGUUGAUGGACUUUCUCGUGUACCGUCUCAAUUUGAAGAUAAAGUUUUGAGACGUAUAUAUGAUCUUGAAAAGCAACUUGGAAAACUUAAUCCAUCAUCAAAUUCUUCAAAUAAUAUAAAUGGUCAACAAAAUAAUAUUUCAAUGCGUGAACCUUUUAUUAAUGGAAAAUAUUCAAAUGAGAAUUCUUCAAGACGUAUGAGAAAUGAGAGUCUUGAAUCUUUUGAAGUUUUGCCAGAAUGUUAUCGUUUAAAACAUCAUUCAAGUUCUUCAUUGACUAGUGUUAUUCAACCAUCUUCAGUUUCAUCAAAUUCGACAACUAUUAGUGAUUAUGCUUCGAAUGGGAAUAAUUUGAGUAAAAACGGAAUACUUUCUGAGACUAAUGAAAUUAAUUAUUCGUCUGAACAUUUGGAAGUAUUGCCUCCUUCUAGCGAAUAAACUGGGACAUAUAGAGUAGGAACAG